AUGGAAGAUUUGAUGAUGUCAGAAAUCCAAAUAAAAGAUAUUGCACUUGCAAAAAUUGAAGAUUUGCUCCAGUCAAAUGGCAAGUCAUUGAAAGAAUAUUGUGCAAUGCCAUAUCCUUCAGAAAAGUUGGUGCCCAGCUUAGAAGACAGAAUUAUAAUGGAAGAGUUGAACUUUGAUGUUAAUGCUCUUAUGAGUGAACUAGGUAUGUAUUUAGAAAAGCUAACUGAUGAGCAGAAAUUUGCAUACGAUCAAAUAAUUGGUGUUGUUAGCAGUAAUAUGGGUGGACUUUUCUUCUUAUACGGUCAAGGUGGUUAUGGAAAAAAAUUCUUAUGGUCAACUAUAUCAUGCUCAAUUAGGUCUAAAGGAGGUAUAGUUUUAAAUUUUGCUUCGAGUGGGAUUGCUGCACUUCUGUUGCCUAAAGGAAGAACUGCACAUUCAAGGUUUAAAAUUUCUUUGACCAUAAAUGAAGAUUCUUUGUGUGGCAUUAAACAGGAAAGUCCUCUUGCAAGGUUAAUAUCCAAGGCCAAAUUAAUCAUAUGGGAUGAAGCUCCAAUGAUAAGUAAGUAUUGUUACGAAGAUUUAGACAAAUGCCUCAGAGACAUCUUAAGGUGCUCAGAUUCAUAUAAUGCUCAUUUGCCAUUUGGAGGUAAAUUUGUUCUCGAAGGAGAUUUUAGACAAAUUUUACCUGUGAUUCCCAAGAGGCUCAAGGUUUUGAAACUUACAAAAAACAUAAGAUUGUUACUAGGUGAAAACAACAACAUACAAGAACUCAUAAAUUUUGCAGAAUGGCUACUCAAAAUUGCUGAUGGUUUGGCUAGUGAUACAACAGAUGGUGAAUCGAUCGUUCAUAUACCAUCUGACAUUUUGGUUAAGAACUCUGAGACAGCUUUGGAUGACUACAUUGAUUUUGUAUAUCCAUAUAUGUUAUCCAAUCUAUCUGUUGAAAAUUAUUUCAAGGAUAGAGCAAUUCUUGCACCAACUCUGGAUUGUGUCACUAAUGUCAACAACAAGAUGAUUGCAGGGUUACCUGGACAAGAAAGAGUCUACUUAAGUUUAGACUCUGUGUGUGCUGAGGAGGGAAAUAUGAAAUUUGAGUUAGAUGCUUUCUCGCCGGAGAUUCUAAAUGGAAUAAAUUGUUCAGGUCUACCACCACACAAGUUGGUUGUAAAGGUUGGCGCUCCUGUUAUGUUGUUGUGGAAUAUAGACCAAACUAAUGGUUUGUGCAAUGGAACGAGAAUGCAAGUUAGAAGAAUGGGAAAUCAUGUGAUAGAAUGCAAGACUUUAACCGAUAACAAAGCUGGAAGUAUUGUUCUUAUCGUAAGACUGAAUUUAAUUUCAAAUAAUGAAACAUUACCGGUCAGGUAUCAAAGGAUAGCGUUGAAUUCUUAUUAA